AUGGCGACUGUUGGCGAGCCCAUCGCCAUUAUUGGCAUUGGAUGCCGAUUCCCCGGUCAGUGCGAUAAUCCAUCCAAGUUGUGGGAUCUCUUGCAAAAGCCCCGGGAUCUUCUCAAGGAAAUCCCCGACAGUCGAUUCAGCACAGGUGCCUUCUACCAUCCCAAGAAUUUUCACCAUGGCACGAGCAAUGUGCGCCACUCGUAUCUCCUGGAAGAGGACCUGCGAAGCUUUGAUGCCCAGUUCUUCGGCAUCAACCUUGUCGAAGCCCACUCUAUCGAUCCUCAGGAGCGGCUGCUUCUCGAAACCGUGUAUGAGAGCCUGGAAGCCGCCGGCCUCUCCGUCAAGGGGCUGCAAGGCUCUGAUACUGCUGUAUACGUGGGCGUCAUGAGUGCCGAUUUUACUGACAUGAUUGGGCGCGACACGGAGAUGUUCCCAACGUAUUUUGCUACAGGGACGGCAAGAAGCAUUCUAAGCAACAGGCUGUCGUAUUUCUUCGACUGGCAUGGCCCGUCCAUGACUAUCGAUACGGCGUGUUCAUCAAGUCUCAUCGCCAUGCACCAGGCUGUGCAGACUCUCCGCGGAGGGGAAUCAUCUGUUGCGGUUGUGGCCGGGUCCAACUUGAUAUUAGGACCAGAGCAAUACAUUGCCGAGAGCAAACUACAAAUGCUUUCUCCUACUGGCCGAAGCCGUAUGUGGGAUGCCGAUGCGGACGGCUACGCUCGAGGAGAAGGCGUUGCAGCUAUUGUUCUUAAGACGCUUAGCCAAGCUAUUGCUGACGGCGACCACAUCGAGUGUGUUAUACGUGAGACUGGUCUCAACCAAGAUGGUAGGACGCCAGGCAUCACGAUGCCAAGCGCUACUGCACAAGAAGCGUUAAUCCGAGCCACGUACGCCAAGGCCGGCUUGGACCUUGGCCAGCGUGCCGAUCGCCCCCAGUACUUUGAGGCACAUGGCACAGGUACUCCUGCUGGUGAUCCCGUUGAAGCCGAGGCGAUCAGUAAUGCCUUCUUCGGCCCCCAGUCCCAUUUUAAGCCAAGUGAUGCAGAUGACACUUUGUUUGCUGGAUCUAUCAAGACUGUGGUUGGCCAUACAGAAGGGACAGCAGGCCUGGCGGCCGUUAUCAAAUCAUUGCUGGCAUUGCGGGCUGGUGUUAUUCCUCCAAACAUGCUACUGAAUAAGGUCAACCCCAAAAUUGAGCCUUUCUACGGAAACGUACAGAUUCUUUCCGCAGCACGAAAAUGGCCCAAGCUUGCAAAGGGUGGCGUGCGAAGAGUGAGCGUCAACAGCUUUGGCUUCGGAGGCGCCAACUGUCACGCCAUUCUUGAAAGCUUUGAGCCCGAUGAGACACGCCGCGGACAGUCGUCGGAUUGCAGUAGCGCAUGUUUUACGCCAUUUCUCUUCUCGGCGGCAUCGGAGAGGGCGCUUACUGAAACCUUGGAGCGCUAUCGAGACUAUCUUGCUCCUGGAAACUCUGGCGCUACAGUCAGACUCGGCGAUUUAUCAUGGACACUCAGCAACCGUCGAUCGACACUCCCAUGGCGCGCCGUCAUAACAGCCAGCAGUGACGUCGAGGAAUUAGCCGGAAAGCUUGAAAAGGGCACCGAGUUCACUAGCGAGCCAUCAAACUACUCGUCAGUCAGGACAGGAGGGCGCAAACCACGUAUUCUCGCCAUCUUUACCGGCCAGGGCGCACAGUGGCCACGCAUGGGCGCCGAGUUGGUUGAAAAGUCGCCAGCAGCAAGCAACAUCCUCGCCCGUCUCGACAAAAGCCUGCAGUCACUCGACCGUCGGGAUCGACCGACAUGGUCACUGCGUGAGCAGCUCCUCGCCGGUGCCGAUUCAUCGGUAGGCACAGCAUCUGUGUCGCAGCCCGUCUGCACAGCCGUGCAAAUCAUUCUCGUCGACAUGCUGAGAGCCGCCGGCAUCGACUUCUCCGCAGUGGUAGGCCACUCUUCCGGCGAGAUUUGCGCAGCAUAUGCGGCGGGAUAUCUCUCCUCCGAGGAUGCCAUCCGCGUGGCAUACUAUCGCGGUCUGCAUAUGAAGUCGGUCACUCAGGACGGCGCCAUGCUCGCGGUGGGAACCUCGUACGAAGACGCCAAGGAAUUGUGCGAGCUUCCAGCCUUUGAGGGUCGUGUCUGCGUAGCGGCAAGCAACUCUCCUGCCAGCGUGACACUUUCCGGCGAUGCAGAGGCCAUUGACAACAUCAAGGUGAUUCUGGACGAGGAGAAGAAAUUCACUCGCCACCUCAAAGUGGAUCGAGCCUAUCAUUCCCACCACAUGAAAGCAUGUUCCAAGCCGUAUGUGACGUCUCUGCAGCAGUGUGCCAUUCAACAGCUUUGCCCGGCCGACCGCAGCAAGUGCCGAUGGGUUUCCAGCGUCUUCACCUGCGACAUGACGGAUAUUGCUUCAGAAGCGAGUCUGAAAGGGAAAUAUUGGGCUCAAAACCUGACGAAGCCAGUCAUGUUUUCAGAGGCCUUGCAAGUCCUCCUUGGCGGCGGUCAGGAAAGAGAGGUUUACGACCUAGCCAUUGAGAUUGGACCACAUCCGGCGCUCAGGGGCCCGGUAAGCCAGACAGUUCAGGAAUGCCUGGGAGGAGAGUCUAUCCCCUACACAAGCAUGUUGUCACGCGGCGAGGACGGUGUCGAGCCAUUCUCAAAAGGACUUGGAUAUAUCUGGCGAACCUGGGGAGAAGGGGCUGUCGACUUUGCCGCCUACAAUUGCUUUAUGAAUGAUGAACAAAGAAAGGCGGGCUUGCAAAAACCCGUGCCCAUGAAGGGUCUCCCAUCCUACCCGUGGGAUCACAACCGGACCUUCUGGCACGAGUCUCGCCUCUCCCGGGCUUUCAGGACUGCAAAGGACCAGCCCAAUGAGCUCCUUGGCCGUCAAAUCCUCGACGGUUCCCCCGACCAACGCCGUUGGCGCAACGUCCUCAAGCGCAGCGAGAUAGACUGGCUUGAUGGCCACCAAGUCCAGGGGCAGACCGUCUUCCCUUGUGCCGGGUAUGUGUCCGCAUGUGUGGAAGCAUCCAUGAAGAUUCGUAGCGACGCUUGCGUCCGAUCCAUUGAGCUGCGGAAUUUCGUGCUUGGUCAGGCUGUGGUGUUUAACGACAAUGACUCGGGGGUCGAGACGUUAAUCGUACUAGACAGCAUCACAGAGUCAGAGGAGCAAGGCUGCAGGGCAGCUUCGGCCAAGUUUUCAUUCUACUCGUCGUCCAACAGUGAAGUUCUGGACAUGACUAGACACGCCAACUGUGACGUCCGUGUCACUUAUGGCGACAGGGCCGCGCAUCUUCUCCCGCCCAAGUCCAAGGAGGAUGAAGAACAUGCCAUGCUGAACAUCGAGGCUGACCGGUUUUAUAACGUCCUCGAGCAGCUUGGAUUCGGAUAUUCUGGCCCGUUCCGUGCGCUAACGAGACUGAAGCGAAAGCUGGGCAAGGCGAUGGGGUAUAUUCAAAACACGGCAAAUGUCCAGGCUUCUCAGAAGGCCCUCCUCAUCCACCCAGCGACGUUAGACGCCGGCAUCCAGUCCAUCAUGCUGGCGUGCUGUUAUCCAGGAGAUAGCAUGAUGCGCUCUAUAUAUCUCCCUACCGGCAUCAGUCGACUCAUCAUUGACCCAGAGCACUGUCGAGCCUUUGCCGGUGAGGCGACAGAAGUUUUGUUCGAUUCGACAGCGUCAAUUGGCGAUUCUGGGAGUCUUUCAGGAGACGUGAGCAUCUAUUCACCGGAGGGCUUUGCUCACAAGGCCAUUCAACUCGAGGGACUCCAGACGCAACCCCUGUUUCAUCCCACUGAGUCGAAUGAUUUAAACAUUUUCACUGAGCUUGCGUGGGGUGUCGCCCAACCCGACAGUCAGGAUAUACUGGACAAGAUAGACGUCCAGGAACUCGAUGCGGAACUGUUGUUUUCCCUGGAGAGGGUGGCCUACUUUUACCUACAAUCUUUGGACAAGACCAUUCCUCGCAGUGCCCGUAAGAAUCUCGAAUGGCACUACACUCGCCUUUCCGCGUAUGUAGACCAUGUCCUCUCCAAAGUGGAUUGCGGCGCGAACCGCUUCGCCAAGAAGGAAUGGCAGCUCGAUACGCACGAGGUCAUACUUGAAAUCUUUGACAGAUAUCCUGACAACAUUGACCUGAAGCUCAUGCGUGCUGUGGGUGACAACAUGCCCGCCGUCGUCCGCGGCGAGACCACCAUGCUGGAGCACAUGCUCCAGGACAACAAGCUCAACGACUUCUAUGUAAUCGCACAUGGUAUGCCUCGCUACACUGCAUACUUGGCCGCCUUUACCAGCCAAAUUGGCCAUAGAUACCCUCAUAUGCAUGUCCUCGAGGUUGGGGCUGGCACGGGUGGCGCAACCAAGUCGUUUCUCGGAGCCCUGGGCGACAAGUUCUCGACCUACACCUUCACCGACAUCUCUAGCGGCUUUUUUGAGAAGGCUAGGGAUGAGUUUGCGUUGCACGGCUCCAAAAUGAGCUUCAAGGUACUCGACAUCGAGAAGGAUAUUGAAGGCCAGGGAUUCACGGAGGGAUCGUACGACGUCAUCAUCGCCUCCUUGGUCCUCCAUGCUACGCGGAACUUGGAUGAAACCCUUCGUAAUGUCCGCCGCCUCCUGAAGCCCGGUGGAUACCUGCUACUCCUAGAGAUUACAGAAAACGAUCAAAUGAGGUUUGGCCUGCUCUUUGGUGGUCUCCAGGGCUGGUGGCUCGGCUACGACGACGGACGGGCCUUGUCUCCUUGCAUUGGUUUGGAGGAGUGGUCGAAAAUUCUGAAGCGGACUGGCUUCUCGGGCAUUGACACGGCAAUGCCGCAUGACGAAAACUUGCCUGUUCCUCUCUCCGUAAUUGUGACCCAGGCGACGGAUGACAGGGUCCAGCUCCUGAAGCAGCCUCUACAGCAGCAAGAAACGCCAUCGAAGAUAGUGCCGCAGUUGACAAUUAUCGGCGGCGCGGCACUGGCAACCUAUCUCCGCGAAAUCCUGGGCUCGUGCUGUGGCAGCAUCAAGCUUAUGAAGUCACUGGAUGGUCUGAUUCCAGGCGAUCUUCCUGUCGGAGGCACUGUACUCUGUCUUACUGACAUAGAGGAGCCGGUAUUCAAGUCCAUGGACCAGGACAAGUUGCGUGGGUUCCAAGAAGUCUACAAGCAAUCCACCAACGUCCUCUGGGUUACCCGGGGAGUUCGCUCAGGAGAUCCAUUCUCCAGGAUGGUGGUCGGGUUCGGCAGGACCAUUGUACUAGAAAUGCCGCAUCUGCGUUUACAAUUUCUUGACCUCGACACUGCCGUUUCCCCGGACCCUGCUGCUAUCGCUGAGUCUUUGCUGCGCUUUCAGAUGGCUGGGAGCUGGGAGAAUGACGGGGUAAUCUCAACUUUGACCCAUUCCGUCGAACCCGAGUUGUAUCUUGACAAGGGCGGCCGAUUUUACAUUCCCCGAUUCAAGUUGAGCAGGAGCCGGAACAAUCGGUACAACUCGGGUCGUCGCGACAUCACCAAGCAGAUCGAUAUUCGACAACAGGUCGUCGAGCUUGUCCCGCCUGAAACACAAGAUGCAUCGUGGUAUCUCUUGGAGGGAAAAGAGGCGCCUGAACUAAAGGCGGCUGUAGAGAUCGAUGUCUUGUACUCAGUGAGUCUGGCAGUGGAGGCGUCAGGAGGCAGCUUUCUCUUCCCCGUUCUCGGAGUACGUCGAGACACGGCAGAGGUGGUACUGGCCCUCUCCCCAAAGCAAGCAUCCAGGAUCAAAGUUCCGCAGGCUUUUACUCUUCCUGCACCCAACUCGGUAGAUUAUCUUCAGCUAUUCUAUACAGAGCUUCUUGCCCGUGCUGCCAUCAAGGAUAUCUCGGCGGGAACGCUUGUCAUUGUAUUGCAACCGACUAUCAUGUUUAGUCGCGCGCUGGAGCGCAUUGCUACAGAUAAAGGGGCAAGAGUCCUCUAUCUAGCAACUGAACCUGGCUUGGGAUGGCACUACAUCCACCCCAAGGCUACCAAAGCAGAGAUCCAGAACUGGGUUGCCUUGAAUAUCGGAGCGAUUCCUCCAUCGGAUAUUUUGCUUCUAGACAUGGGCGCGGACAGCACCCUCUCUGCAAGUCUGCGCGAAUACUUGCCGGCAGAGGUUACGAAAGUGAGGGCCGGUACCCUGCUCACCUCCGCUUCGCCACGCAUUACCUCGGGCCUUCUAGAGCGAGACAUCAGACCUAUUCUUGUGGAUGUCAAGUAUUCGCUGUGGCCGACUCAGCAAGCCAUGGAGACUAGUCAAGGGUGCCCGGAGUUGGAACUCGUCUCCUUGGGCGACCUGCCUACCAGGAAUCAUGUCGCCAGCCGCCCAUGCGUGGUCCGUUGGCCACCUGAGUCCAGCACCGUUACCGUUCGAGUCCAACCUAUCGAUAUGAUAAUCAAAUUCCGGAGCGACAGGACAUAUUGGCUUGUCGGCUUGACCGGGGGUCUCGGACUCUCACUCUGCGAGUGGAUGGCUAAACAUGGAGCUCGGCAUGUCGUGAUUUCCAGCCGGAAUCCCAAGGUAGACCGGGGCUGGUUGAAGAAAAUGCAAAACAUAGGCAUGAACGUUGAAGUUAUAUCCAACAAUAUCUACGAUCGAGAAUCCGUCCGAUUCAUCUAUAAUCGAAUCUGCCAGACGAUGCCUCCUAUCGCAGGUGUCGCCCAAGGGGCCAUGGUACUUCAUGAUACUGUAUUCUCCGAUCUGGACAUGGAACGAUUCAAGAAAGUCACGCAGCCCAAGGUCGAAGGAAGCAUCUAUCUAGAAGAGAUAUUCCACGAUAUUAAUCUCGACUUCUUUGUCUUCUUCUCAUCCAUGGCUUGCGUGACUGGCAACCCUGGCCAGUCGGCCUACGCCGCCGCCAACAUGUUCAUGUCGGGACUGGCGGCUCAACGCAGGCGCAGAGGUCUCAAUGCAUCUGUAGUGCAUAUGGGCGCCAUCUUCGGCAAUGGCUACGUGACCCGAGAGUUGACCCUGACGCAGCAGGAGUUUCUCCGCAAGGUCGGCAACCUGUGGCUCUCAGAGCAAGAUUUCCGACAAAUCUUUGCCGAGGCGGUCUUUGCGAGUCAACCCCAGAACGGGGGGUCUUCAGAGCUCUCUACCGGCCUGAUGAUGAUCGAUAACGGCGAUGACUUCAAGAGGAAUAUCACAUGGUUCUAUAAUCCGAUGUUCCAGCACUGUAUCAAGGAAAUUGAAGACGGUGAGUCGGCUGGCGACGGUCGGAAGGACCAGCGCAUUCCAGUCAAAACGCAGCUUCAGCAAGCAGUCAAUGCGGCUGAAGUACGCGAAAUAAUCCACGAUGUCUUUGCUGCCAAGCUACGCUUAAGCUUGCAAGUUGAAGAAGGUCGGCCUAUUGUAGAUCUCACAGCUGACACCCUGGGCAUUGACUCCCUCUUCGCUGUCGACAUUCGUUCUUGGUUCAUCAAAGAACUUCAGGUAGAGAUCCCAGUUCUCAAGAUACUAAGUGGAGCAACAGUCGGCGAUAUUCUUGAUACUGCGCAACAGCUGCUGUCCAAGGAAUUGACGUCUUGUCUGGAUCCAAACGACAAGGCUGAAGCGAAGAAGAAAAAACCAAACGACACGAGCUCAGUCAAGGUUGAAACAGUGAAAACCCCCCAAGUUAAGAAUUUGACAAUCGGUGAAAAUGUCAGUAGCCGCGGAGCUGAUACCCCGAAAGCAAAAGCCGUCACAUUGCCCUCGGUGCAGCGGAAUAGUUCACCUAAACUCAUGACACAUUCCGAAGACUCGGACAGCCAGUCAAUGUCGAGUGAAAACGGCGCGAGAGUCAGUUUUGCAAGUCCCGAUAUGACCUACACUGGGAAAUCCACUCCCUCCUCCAAUACAUGGUCGGACAUUGACAUAAUUGGAGGCCGAUCCCGAGGCUCGGUCUGGUCCAUCGACACUGGCGACAGCGAGGUGGCUGUCAGAAAGAAGUCUCCAAUUGGAUUCGGUCAGUCUCGGAUCUGGUUCUUGGAAACGUACCUGCAGAAUCCGGCCUCGGCGCUUAAUAUUACGUUGAUGAUUGACCUCAAUGGCCCCCUAGACGUCGACCGGUUUGAGCGAGCAGUGAAGCUUGUUGGGCAACGUCACGAGGCACUUCGAACUCGAUUCGUCACUGGUGACACCUCUAGUCAGGCCUUGCAAGAAGUCCUUCUUAACCCAACGCUUGUUCUGGAGAAACAAGACAUCGCCAGCGACACGGAGGCAGAGCAGGUCUAUCAAAACCUCCAACAGUACAGAUACAGGUUGGCAGAGGGGGAGAAUAUGAGGAUCCUACUUCUCAGCAAAUCUCGUCAAUCCUUCCGCCUUGUCAUUGGAUAUCAUCACAUCAACAUGGAUGGCAUCAGCUUGGAAGUAGUCCUUCGUGAGCUACAGCUGGCGUAUGACUCAAAGAGACUCCCGAGUGCGAGCAGUAUUCUCCAGUAUCCGAGCUUCUCCGAACAGCAGCACCGAGAGUUUGAAUCCGGAAAGUGGAACGAUGAAAUAGCAUUCUGGAGGAACGAAUUUAGCGGCCGCGCGCCGUCUGUUCUUCCACUCCUGCCGCUGGCCAAGAUACGGUCUCGCACGCCGCUGACAGCCUACUCGAGCCACACGGCAGAAUUCCGCCUGGAUCAGGAGGCACUGACUCGCAUUCAGUCUGCCUGUGACGGGUCAAGGGCUACCCUGCUUCAGUUUCACCUCGCCGUCUUCUACACCUUGUUAUUCCGGCUGGUGGAAGGGAGGGUGGGAAUUCUGAUCUUGGAAAGGCCCAUCUCUAGGUACGGCUGGACCGUUGCUAUCGACAGAUCGCCGACAGGCAUCGACAGGCCUAUCAUAACUACUUCUUCUCAGCGAGGCCCGGUGCAUGCGUAUAGUUUGCAAGCACUCAGCACCGGCCUUGACGCAUCGCUCGCACGCCGGCAACACGCCUGGGUUACUGUCAGUUGA